AUGAAGGACAACGAGAGCGACGUCAGAGCCAACUCUCCAGUGAUGUACAAGGUGUCAGGAGUUUUAGUUGUUUGUCUGCUCUGCCCCAACUGCUCCUGCCAAACUGGUGAAUUCUGCACCUGUGCUGCCUCCAGCAAAUGCAAAGACUGCAAAUGCACCAGCUGCAAGAAGAGCUGCUGCUCCUGCUGCUCCGUGGGCUGUGCCCAUUGUGCCCAGGGCUGCGUCUGCAAAGAAGCAUCUGACAAAUGCAGCUGCUGUGCAUGA